UCGAGCUGCCGCUGGCCCCGUGGCAGCGUGCGACUUGCUGGCCUGGCCCCAGCACGAAGGGCGAGGCAGGACGGGCGGCGUUUCCAGAGCCGGAGGCGGCGCGAUGCCGUUCAGCGGGUCGCGCUCGGCGGACCCCUCGACUCUGUCGGAGCCGCUGGGGCCGGGCCGCGCGCGCGUGACGCACUACAAGCUGGAGCUCACCGUCGACUUUGUGGGGCAGCGCCUGCUCGGCCACGCGGACCUGCGCUGCCUGCGCAACAGCGAGGGGCCCGAGGGCGGCGAGGCCUGGGAGCUCGUCCUGGACGCCGCCGCGAACCUGGAGGUCUCCGCGGCCCACGUCAUCGGCGGCGCGGCCCUUGAGCCGUGCGAGUGGUCGCGCGACCAGGCGAAGCUCAGCGAGGCCCUGGGGCUGCCGCUGCGUGUACGGCUCCCCGAGGGGCCUCCCGGCGGCGAGGUCGUGGUGCGCGUUGCGUACGCGACCGCCGCGCCAGGCGCAGGCGGCGAGGGGGGCUGCUCGGCGCUGCAGUGGCUAAGCCCGGCGCAGACCGCGGGGAAGAGAUUCCCGUACAUGUUCUCGCAGUGCCAGGCCAUCCACGCGCGCGCCAUGCUGCCGUGCCAGGACACCUGCGAGUGCAAGGCCACCUACGAGGCCUCCGUGCGCUGCCCCGCGGAGCUCACCGCGCUGAUGUCCGCGGUGAAGCUGGGCGACCCCGCGCCCGCGGAGGAGCCGGACUGGGAGACCCCGGAGGGCUGCGGCAAGGGGUGGCAGUGGCACCGCUUCGAGCAGACAGUGCCGAUCCCGCCCUACCUGGUGGCCGUGGUGUGCGGGGCCCUCAGCAGCAGGCAGGUGGGGCCGCGCACGCGCGUGUGGAGCGAGGAGGAGAUGGUGGACCGGUGCGCGUGGGAGUUCGCGGACACGGAGAAGUUCGUGGCCGCCGGGGAGCGGCUCGCCGGGGAGUACAAGUGGGGCGUCUACGACCUGCUGGUGCUGCCCCCCAGCUUCCCCUACGGCGGCAUGGAGAACCCGUGCCUGACGUUCGUGACUCCGACGCUGCUUGCGGGUGACCGGUCGCAGGUGCACGUGGUGGCCCACGAGGUGUCCCACUCCUGGAGCGGGAAUCUGGUUACCAACGAGACCUGGGAGCACUUCUGGCUCAACGAGGGGCUCACCGUCUUCCUGGAGCUGAAGAUCAUACGGGACGUGUACGGCGAGGAGGAGGCGACGCUGCAGCUCGCUGGGAGACUGAAGUCCCUGGCGGAGAGCGUGAACCAUUUCGGGCCAGAGCACAACUACACCUGCCUCAUCCCCGACCUGUCCGGCGGGGGCGACCCAGACGACGCCUUCUCGACCGUGCCGUACAUCAAGGGCAUGUCGCUCUUCUGCCUUCUCGAGAAGCUGGUCGGUGGCGAGGAAAAGUUCCAGCCCUUUCUGCGCAGGUACUUCGAGCACUUCGGCGGCAGGACGGUGUCCUCCCAGAGCAUGCGCGACUUCUUCCUGGAGCACUUCCGUGCCCUGUCGGCCGGCGACGAGGCCGUUGCCGCUGCGAUGGCCGGCCCGAUCGCCGCUCUGGACUGGGAGAGGCUCUGGCGGGCGCCUGGCAUGCCCGACUUCGUGCCCCCCUGCGAGGCGGCGCCGGUGCAGGAGGCGCAGGCCCUGGCGGCGCGGUGGGCCGCCGUCGCCGCGGGCGACGCGGCCGGGCUCGCUGCCUUCGGGCCAGACGACAUCAGGGGCUGGAGCACCACCAAGCUGAUCGUCUUCCUGGACGCGCUGCUCCAGGACAGCGAGGACGGUGGCGGGAGCCUCGCCGCCGCUGGCUGCGCCCGGAUGGCGGAGGCCUACGACUUCCUGGGCUCCAACUGCGAGCUGCGCUUCCGCUUCCUGCGCCUGGCCCUGGGGGCGAGGUGGGACGGUGCGCGCGACUCUGCCGUAGACCUCGCCGUGUCGCAGGGGCGCAUGAAGUUCACGCGGCCGAUCUACCGGGCUCUCAAGGCCUACGACAUGGACCUGGCGCGGGCGACCUUCUUGGAGCACAGGAGCGCCUACCACCCAAUCUGCGCGAAGAUGGUAGCCAAGGACCUCGAGGUCUGAUACGUCCUCCUCUUCUUCGGAUGGCGCAGUUUUCGAUGGUGCCGCCGCUGGCCGUCGCCGCUGACCGCCUGCUGUAUGCUGCUGACCGCGGCACUGGCGCUGCAU